CGCUCCCCUCCCCCGCAGUUCUGGGUCUCUUGCUGCCUUGGUAGUCUUCUGGUCCCUCUCUCUAGCAUAUGGUGUUCUGUUUUCUUUUAUGACUUAGUACUUCAGCUUUUCCCAUGAAAAUUGCACGAAGACAUAAAUACCUUGCCCUCUUCAAACAUCCAUUACCCAGAGCUAGUUCGCUUUCGUCCUUCUGCGCAGUCUCUCUCUGAAAGGUGUCAUGGAUGUUCUGCGCCCACAGCUUGUAACAUUCGAUGGUCGGAAUUAUAGAAAGAAUCCUGUCCAGGAAAAGCAGCCCCAACAUGAAGAGGAGGAGGAUUUCUAUCAAGACCCCAUGGAGUACUCGGAUGAGCCCUGCGGUGCCUAUGAGGUGGAGCAGACCCCUCACGGAUUCCGGGCCACCGUCAGUGCCCCUAGCCUGCUCUACAAACACAUAGUUGGAAAGAGAGGCGAUACCAAGAAGAAAAUAGAAGUGGAGACUAAAACAUCUAUUAACAUUCCUAAACUCGGCCGUGAGGGAGAAAUCGUGAUCACUGGUCCUCAUCGAAAUGGUGUAGUUUCUGCGCGAACUCGGAUCGACGUCCUCCUGGACACGUGCAGGAGGAGGCAGCCUUUCACUCACUUCCUCUCCUUCUUCCUCAAUGAAGUUGAAGUCCAGGAACGAUUUCUGGAGUUCCGCGAAGUACUGAAGAAGUGUUCAAAGGAUCGUGGGGUUGACAGCACCAUUUUUCAGAAUCCCAAAAAGCUUCACCUAACUAUUGGCAUGUUGGUACUCCUAAGUGAACAAGAGAUCCAGCAGACCUGUGAGAUCCUGCAGCGCUGUAAGGAGGAAUUUAUUAAUGACAUUUCCGGAGGCAAACCCCUGGAAGUAGAGAUGGCAGGGAUCGAAUACAUGAAUGACGACCCUGCUAUGGUGGAUGUUCUUUAUGCCAAAGUCCACAUGAAAGACGGCUCCAACAGGCUGCAGGAACUAGUUGAUCGAGUGCUGGAACGCUUUCAGUCAAUGGGGCUCGUCAUGAAGGAGUGGACCAGUGUGAAACUGCACGCCACCGUCAUGAACACACUCCUCAGGAAAGACCCCAAUGCUGAAGGCAGGUACAACCUCUACACAGCAGAUGGCAAGUAUAUCUUCAAGGAAAGAGAAUCUUUUGAUGGCCGGAACAUUUUAAAGACAUUUGAGAACUUCUACUUUGGUUCCCUGAAGCUGAAUUCUAUUCACAUCUCCCAGAGGUUCACGGUGGACAACUUCGGAAACUAUGCUUCCUGCGGACAUGUUGACUUCUCCUGACAUGGGUAUAGAAAGCACUAGAAAUGAAUGUCUUCCUAAGGUGGUGAAGAAGAGAGGCUUCAUUUCAGUCACUGGGGUGUGGGUGUGGGAACUCGGAUGAUGUGCUGGUUAGCUUCCUGUCGAUUUGAUACAAGCUAUAGGCGUCUGGGAGGAGGGAACUGGAGUGGCAAAAAUGCCUCUAUGAGGUUGGCCUGUAGGCAUGCCUGUGGGGUGCUUUCUUGAGUAAAGAUUGAUGUGGA